ACCCACUUCUGCAUUCUGGACUUUCAGUGUCAGUCAGAUUGUUUAAAGUAGUCAGACUGGCAGACUGGUCAGAGAGGCCUAAUACUGCAACAAAAAGCUCAGUCAGAUUGAAAAAUGAGUGUCACACCUCUUGUGAAUGUGGACCGCUGGAUUAAGGAGAACCAGAAUGCUUUCCUGCCACCGGUGUGCAACAAGCUCAUGCACUUUUCCCAGUUGAAUGUCAUGUUUGUUGGAGGUCCUAAUACCAGGAAGGAUUAUCACAUAGAGGAAGGGGAGGAGCUGUUCUACCAGGUGAAAGGGGACAUGUGUCUGAAGGUGAUAGAGAAUGGGAAACACAAGGAUGUACACAUCAAGGAGGGAGAGAUGUUCCUGCUGCCAGCUCGGAUCCCUCACUCCCCCCAGAGACAGGCCAACACUGUGGGGCUGGUGGUGGAGAGGAGACGGCUGCUGACUGAGACUGACUGUCUGAGGUACUAUGUGGACAACACCACUGACAUCCUGUUUGAGAAAUGGUUUUACUGUAAGGAUCUCGGAACUGAACUGGUGCCAAUAAUCAAAGAGUUCAUGGCAUCAGUGGAGUGCAAAACAGGAAAACCUGAUCCAAAUAAAGUCUUCAGAGAACCUCCGUUCCAGAUGAACACCAUGAACGUGAUGUUGCCCUUCUGCUUCAAAGACUGGCUGGACAAGCAGAGGCCGUCCCUGGCCAAUGGAGGACCCAUCGACAUGUUCGGAGCUCAGUUUGAGACAGAGGUAAUGGUGUUUGGACCUGGGCAGACAAAGAUGUCAGUGCGACCAAGUGAAGUGUGGAUUUGGCAACUGGAGGGAUCCUCAAGAUUAACUAUGAACGGGCAACAGUUCACUCUUUCUGCGGGAGACAGUUUACUUGUUCCUGAACAGAGCCAAUACCAGUGGCAGAGAGAUGAGGGGACUGUUGCUCUGGUUGUGGUCCAAAACCCUGAGCGGAAGAGACCCUGAGCAUCAACUGCCAUUUCACUCACACACACACACACACACACACACACACACACAUAUUAAAUAUACAGUAUUCUGUAUAUGUGAGCAGGGGAACUCGAUGUAUGUGUUGUAAUGUUAAGUAGAUUGUGUAUUAUCGCACCCACUAAGUAUUGUAAAUCAUGCACUCAUUUAAGCUUGACACUUCUAAUAAUGUGUUGAUGAAAGUGACCACUGACCUAUUUCAGUCUUGAUAAACACUAGAAGCUAUUGAAAUUGAAACUGUAGCUGCACUUUGUGAUAGUUUCAGACAUUGAUGUUAUCUUGUGAUUUCUGUUUUAACGUAUGAAAGAAAUCAAAUAAAUAAAUAUGUGUAGA